CUCGCGGGGUGUGUGCGUGAGUGCGUGUGUGCAUGUGUGCGCGCGUGUGUGAGUGCAUGUGUGUGAGCGCCGCGGCUGCCCAGGACCCCCGGCCCCGAAGGCGCUGGCUGAACCAUGGAGAGUAGUCUCGGAUGGGCUCGGGCGCCCAGGCUGGCCCUCCUGCUCCUCGGCGCUUCCCUGCUCGGCGCGCAGCUCCAAGUCGCCGGUUUCCAGGUCAAGGCCUUCUCAUCGCUCCACUUUCUGGUGGAGCCCUCCGAUGCCAUCACCCUGCGGGGGGGCAGCGUCCUCCUGAACUGCUCUGCCGAGUCGGACCGGGGGGUCCCCGUGAUCAGGUGGAAGAAGGACGGCAUCCACCUGGCCUUGGGGGCGGACGAGAGGAGGCAGCAGCUUCCAAACGGCUCUCUGUCCAUACAGAACGUGCUGCACUCCAGGCACCAUAAGCCAGACGAGGGCCUCUACCAAUGUGAGGCGUCUUUGGGAGAUUCUGGGUCAAUUAUUAGUCGGACAGCAAAAGUCGCAGUAGCAGGACCACUGAGGUUUCUCUCCCAGACAGAAUCUGUCACGGCCUUCAUGGGAGACACGGUGCUGCUCAAGUGCGAAGUCAUCGGGGAGCCCAUGCCAACGAUACACUGGCAGAAAAACCAGCAAGACCUGACCCCAGCCCUGGGCGACUCCCGAGUGGUGGCCUUGCCCUCGGGCGCCCUGCAGAUCAGCAGGCUUCAGCCUGGGGACGCGGGGAUCUACCGGUGCUUAGCCCGCAACCCGGCCAGCUCGAGAACGGGAAACGAGGCCGAAGUCAGGAUUUUAUCAGAUCCAGGGCUGCAUAGACAGCUUUAUUUUCUGCAGAGACCUUCCAACGUCAUAGCCGUGGAAGGAAAAGAUGCCGUCCUGGAGUGCUGCGUUUCGGGCCACCCUCCCCCGAGUUUCACCUGGUUACGAGGAGAGGAAGUCGUCCAACUCAGGUCCAAAAAGUAUUCACUAUUGGGUGGAAGCAACUUGCUUAUCUCAAAUGUGACAGAUGAUGACAGUGGAACUUACACCUGUGUUGUCACAUAUAAAAAUGAGAACAUUAGUGCCUCUGCAGAGCUCACAGUCUUGGUUCCGCCAUGGUUUUUAAACCAUCCUUCCAACCUCUAUGCCUAUGAAAGCAUGGACGUUGAGUUUGAGUGUGCGGUCUCUGGAAAGCCUGUGCCCACUGUGAACUGGAUGAAGAAUGGAGAUGUGGUCAUUCCUAGUGAUUAUUUUCAGAUAGUGGGAGGAAGCAACUUACGUAUCCUUGGAGUGGUAAAGUCGGAUGAAGGCUUUUAUCAGUGUGUGGCUGAAAAUGAGGCUGGAAAUGCCCAGACGAGUGUACAGCUUAUUGUCCCGAAGCCUGCUAUCCCGAGCUCCAGUGUGCUCCCUUCUGCUCCCAGAGACGUGGUCCCUGUCUUGGUUUCCAGCCGGUUCAUCCGUCUCAGCUGGCGCCCACCCGCAGAAGCAAAGGGGAACAUUCAAACCUUUGCAGUCUUUUUCUCCAGAGAAGGUGACAACAGGGAACGAGCAUUGAACACGACCCAGCCUGGGUCCCUUCAGCUCACCGUGGGAAACCUGAAGCCAGAAGCCAUGUACACCUUCCGCGUCGUGGCCUACAACGAGUGGGGGCCCGGGGAGAGCUCGCAGCCCAUCAAAGUGGCCACGCAGCCCGAGUUGCAAGUUCCAGGGCCAGUAGAAAACCUGCAAGCUGUAUCUACCUCACCUACCUCAAUACUUAUUACCUGGGAGCCCCCUGCCUAUGCAAAUGGUCCGGUUCAAGGUUACAGAUUGUUCUGCACUGAGGUGUCCACGGGGAAGGAACAGAAUAUAGAGGUUGAUGGACUGUCUUAUAAGCUGGAAGGCCUGAAAAAAUUCACGGAAUAUACUCUUCGAUUCCUAGCUUAUAAUCGCUAUGGGCCAGGAGUCUCCACGGACGACGUAACAGUGGUUACGCUUUCUGAUGUGCCAAGUGCCCCACCUCAGAACGUCUCGCUGGAAGUGGUUAACUCCAGGAGUAUCAAAGUAAGCUGGCUGCCUCCUCCAUCAGGAACACAAAAUGGAUUUAUUACUGGCUAUAAAAUUCGACACAGGAAGACGACACGCAGGGGUGAGAUGGAAACAUUGGAGCCAAACAACCUCUGGUAUCUGUUCACAGGACUGGAGAAAGGAAGUCAGUACAGUUUUCAAGUGUCAGCCAUGACAGUCAAUGGCACGGGACCCCCUUCCAACUGGCACACAGCGGAGACCCCAGAGAAUGAUCUGGAUGAGUCUCAAGUCCCUGACCAGCCGAGCUCUCUUCAUGUGAGGCCCCAGACCAACUGCAUCAUCAUGAGUUGGACUCCCCCCUUGAACCCCAACAUCGUGGUGCGCGGGUACAUUAUUGGUUACGGCGUGGGGAGCCCGUACGCCGAGACAGUGCGCGUGGACAGUAAGCAGCGCUAUUAUUCCAUCGAGAGGUUAGAGUCAAGCUCCCAUUAUGUAAUCUCCCUAAAAGCUUUCAAUAACGCAGGAGAAGGCGUCCCUCUCUAUGAAAGCGCCACCACCAGAUCUAUAACAGACGCCUCCACCCCCAUGCUCCCACCAGUAGGUGUGCAGGCUGUGGCUCUAACCCAUGAUGCUGUGAGGGUCAGCUGGGCAGACAACUCUGUCCCGAAGAACCAAAAAACGUCCGAGGUGCGGCUUUACACUGUCCGGUGGAGGACCAGCUUUUCUGCAAAUGCAAAAUACAAGUCAGAAGACACAACAUCCCUGAGUUACACAGCAACAGGCCUCAAACCGAACACAAUGUACGAGUUCUCGGUCAUGGUAACAAAAAACAGAAGGUCAAGCACGUGGAGCAUGACUGCACAUGCCACCACCUACGAAGCAGCCCCAACCUCUGCUCCCAAGGAUCUGACAGUCAUUACUCGAGAAGGGAAGCCUCGCGGUGUCAUUGUGAGCUGGCAGCCUCCCUUGGAAGCCAAUGGGAAAAUUACUGCUUACAUCUUGUUUUAUACCUUGGACAAGAACAUGCCAAUUGAUGACUGGGUUAUGGAAACAAUCAGUGGUGAUCGGCUUACUCAUCAAAUUAUGGAUCUCAACCUCGACACGAUGUAUUACUUUCGAAUUCAAGCACGAAAUGUGAAAGGAGUGGGGCCCCUCUCUGAUCCCAUCCUCUUCAGGACUCUGAAAGUGGAACAUCCUGACAAAAUGGCAAAUGACCAAGGUCGUCAUGGAGAUGGAGGUUAUUGGCCAGUUGAUACUAAUUUGAUUGAUAGAAGCACUCUCAAUGAGCCACCCAUUGGCCAGAUGCACCCCCCACAUGGCAGCGUCACUCCUCAGAAGAACAGCAACCUGCUUGUGAUCAUUGUGGUCACCGUUGGCAUCAUCACAGUGCUGGUGGUGGCGAUCGUGGCCGUGAUUUGCACCCGACGCUCUUCAGCCCAGCAGAGAAAGAAACGGGCCACCCACAGUGUUGGCAAAAGGAAGGGCAGCCAGAAGGACCUCCGGCCCCCUGACCUUUGGAUACAUCAUGAGGAAAUGGAGAUGAAGAACAUCGAGAAGCCGUCAGGCACUGACCCUGCGGGAAGGGAGUCCCCCAUCCAAAGUUGCCAAGAGCUCACACCAGUCAGUCACAGCCAGUCAGAAACCCAAAUGGGGAGCAAAAGCACCUCUCAUUCAGGUCAAGACACUGAAGAAGCAGGAAGCUCUAUGUCCACUCUGGAGAGGUCGCUGGCUGCACGGCGAGCCACCCGGGCAAAACUCAUGAUUCCUAUGGAAGGCCAGUCCAGCAACCCCGCCGCCGUGAGCGCCAUCCCCGUGCCCGCCCUGGAGAGCGCGCAGUACCCGGGCGUCCUGCCGUCGCCCACGUGCGGCUUCCCGCACCCGCAGUUCGCGCUGCGGCCCGUGCCCUUCCCGGCGCUGCCCGUGGACCAAGGAAUGGGAACUAAUAUGUCGGUGACUGAAGGACCGAGCGCCCAGCAGCCACCCAUGCUGCCCCCAGCCCAGCCCGAGCACCCCAGCAGUGAGGAGGCCCCAAGCAGGACCAUCCCCACGGCCUGCGUCCGGCCCACGCACCCGCUCCGCAGCUUCGCUAACCCCUUGCUACCUCCACCCAUGAGUGCAAUAGAACCGAAAGUCCCUUACACGCCGCUUUUGUCUCAGCCAGGGCCCGCUCUUCCUAAGACUCAUGUGAAAACAGCCUCUCUUGGGCUGGCUGGAAAGGCAAGGUCUCCUUUGCUUCCUGUAUCUGUGCCAACGGCCCCUGAAGUGUCUGAGGAAAGCCACAAACCAACGGAGGAUCCAGCCAAUGUAUACGAACAGGAUGAUUUGAGUGAACAAAUGGCAAGUUUGGAAGGGCUAAUGAAGCAACUUAAUGCCAUCACAGGCUCGGCCUUUUAGCAUGUAUUGCCGAACAGAUGAGGUGAAUUUUCCGGGAACCUUGCAGCAUACCAAUUACCCAUAAACAGCACACCUUUGUCCAAGAACUCUAGCCAGUGUACAGGCCAACUGUCAGGACCACUCAGUUCCCGAAGAACCUGAAGCAGUUCAGAAGGAACAGCCGUCCCUUCUGUCAUAAGCAUCAGGAAUUCAAAAAUGACAGCAAUGGAGUCCCUAAACAAACGCAAGGAUACAUCCUCACUGCACUGUCAGAGCUGAAGCUGCUAGAAUAGUCCUGGGUCUUUCCCACGGCAGUGAUCUCACUGUCAUAACUAAUGCUUGUUUCCCUUCAUCCAGGCCUGUCAUUUUCUUAUGCAUAGGUCUAGUCUUACAAAAUGCAAGUGCAUUAUUUAAGCCUGUACCAUGCUAUGGCAAGUCAGUGCGAGCUCACUCUUUUUGUUUUCAACGUAUAAGUACAAAGCACCCCUGGGAAUUCUCUCUACAUAGCACUGAAGGAUUGGAUGUUUUCCUGACAGCACAAAAAGUAAAUAAGUAAACAAGCAAAAGGCAGCAAAUGCUGGUGUUUUGUAAGUCAGUCAUUCACCUUGCCCAAGGGGGGUUAUUAGCAAGUGGCUGUAAAACUCACCCAUUUUAGCAAGUAUUUGUAAAUCCACCCUUGGUUAGCACUUGUGUCUGGAGAACAGGGACCCGGAGGCAUCCUGCCAGCAGCAGCCCCCUGAAAGGGAUACAAUAUGCAGUCUUCUCAGACACGUGGUAAUUAGUGCUUAAACUCGUAAUAGGACACUUCAAUUUGGGUGGCUUUUGUGCCAUACCACACUGUGAUGACAUUUCAAAGCUUCACCAAGGCCAUCUUCCUCAGGAGUCUGCUGGAAGAGU